AUGGCAAAUCAAUAAACCUUUUACAAAUCAUCACUGCAUAGUCUAAAAUCAUCAAUUCAAGAAUAUUAUCCUGGUCCAAUUAUUCAAUCAAGACAACCAUAAUAACAACCUCCCUAAAUUCUUUCAUCAAAAUAUUCAUAAUUAAUUUAAUAAUCCAUAAAAAAAUAAAAUAUACAACCACAAAAUUAACCAAAACUUCAAUAAGCGCUAGAAUAGAGACCUCUUGAAUAAUCAUUACCAAAAUAAUAAUAUGUGCUUUUAUUUGAUUAAAUAGAAUAGGAUUUAGAAAAGAAAUUUUAGAAUGCUGUUGAUAGAACAAGAAAUUUACUUUAAAGAAAUUUAAAUCCAUAAAUACCAAUCAAAUAAUUAUAAUAAAUUCCUUAUUAUGAUGAAAAUUAAUCAUAAUAAAUUUCUUAUUAUGAUGAAAAUUAAUCAUAAUAAAUUUCUUAUUAUGAUGUUAAUUAAUCAUAAUAAAUUCCUUAUUAUGAUGUAAAUUAAUCAUAAUAAAUUCUUUAUUAUGAUGAAAAUUAAUCAUAAUAAAUUGCUGAUUAUGAUGUAAAUUAAUCAUCAAAAAUUCCUUAUUAAGAUAUAGAGUAAUAAAAAUGGAUACUUUCAAAUAAAAAACACAAUAAAUUUUUGGCAGAUUUAUUUGAUUAUGAAAUUUAAAGUGAUUCUUAGCAUGAUAAUUUAGUUUAAAGCAAUUAAAAUUCAUAAUAGCAAUCGUAAAUUUCCUAUAAUAAUGAUUAAGAAUAAUAAUUAUAAGAACUUGCACUUUAAUAUGCAGAUGGAUAUAUAUAUAGAGGUUAGGGAUAUGAACCAGCUACAAAAGAAGGAUUUGGAAUAUUGACUGAUGAAAAUGAUAAUAAAGUAUACAAAGGUUAUUGGCAUGAUAAUUAAUAUCAUGGAUAAGGCAAAUUAAUAAAUUUCUAAGCAGAAUAAAUUGAUGGAGCAUUUGAUUAUUAGGAUUUGAGCGGAAUUGAAAAUGGUUGGCUAGGAUAUGAAGGUAAUUUAUGAUAAUAUUUCAAAGGUGAAUUUUAGGAAGGGAAGUUUUAUGGGAUUGGUACACUUUAUUUAACAAAUGGAGAAAAAUUUGAAGGUACAUUUAAUGAUGGUAUGAUUGAUGGAGAAGGAGUUUAUUCUACAAUUAAUGGAUAAAUUAUUAAAGGAAUAUGGAAAGAAGGCAUAUUAACACAUUUAAUUUGA